CCAUCUUUUCUUUUAAACUGCAACGAAUUUUCAAGUUUAUGCGACAAUCUGAUCAUCGAUCAUUACAGGCGCAUCUGCUAUUGCAUGCGGCGUUUUACCAAGAAGACGGCAAAGUUUCUCCGUUUCCAAACCAUCUACGGAGAGGAGGUUAUAGAUGAAACAUCCUCACGGAAAUGAGAAAACUAAUUAUGUUCGUUUAGGAUGAGACUUACAUUCGACGAACUGUCAAAAAGCCAUAAAGAAUCCCACGGGGUACGUUAUCAUCGAUUCGUCGACGUAUAUGAAGCUGCGUGUGACUAAUUUCCCAGAAAAUACCUAACGAUAAAAUGGAUAAAAUAAAAAUAAUCAGGCUGGAGUACGAGGACGUGGAAGUUGGCAAAACGGGAGUAAAGACUAUAGAAAUAUGGAACGAAUCAAUGAAAAAUCAAGUGUAUCAAGUUCAAAGGGAUCCAGCUACGAAUCCUUUGGAUCACGUAUUUCAUUUACGUUCCUAUACUUGGACUUUAGCGCCGGAAGAAAAAUACUUAUGCGACAUACGUUAUCGGCCUCUUGUCGCGGAUACUAAAAAUGUUGAUUAUUUCGUGAUCACGGAUACUACCGGAGCGUGUAUGAAAAUUAUCACACGUGGAUCUAGCAUCGGUCCCCAGGUAAUUUGUUCGGUGACGAAGAUCUUUAUGCGUUGCUCGAUGGAGAAUCAAGAGGUCAAGCGUCGAAUAAAAUUAAAGAACAAAUCGAAAGGCGCCGCGACUUUUAUGUUCAAUAUUGACGAGAAACAUAAACCGUUCCAAUUAGACACGAGGUACGGUGUAAUUAAUCCGGGCGCCCGUAAAUAUAUCACAAUUACGUUCACGUCGCCGAAAGAGAAGAGAUAUACCUAUUAUUUGGUUCUUCUAAUUAUGCAUCAAAAACCUAUCAUUAUAGAAUUACACGGUUAUUUGACAUCAACGAUGUUCGAUAUCACUCCUUUUACUUAUCCCUGGCAAGAGAAAAUCGGCUUUAAAGGAUAUAUGACGGAUGUGGUUGACACGUUAGAGGAUUUACCUCCCGUGUCCUUAUCAAAACGUUAUUUUAAUUUUGGCCAAGCAGACGUGGACGCAGAUAACGUCUUCCAAAGAAUACCGGAUGCAAUAUGUCUUACUAAUCACUGCAAUGUAAAUGUAUUGAUCAUCUGGGAGGAAGAUUCCGAUGGAAUUUUUAAAAUAGAACCUCUCGAAAUGAUAGUGCAACCACACCAGUCCGCUCUAUUCGAACUUACAUUCAAUCCCAAUGGAACGAAUAGGCUUUACGGCAGAGAAAUAAUUGGUUCUGCAUUCUUGGAACCCAGGAGAGAUACUACUUUCCCGUUUGUUAUAUCAGUGGUAGUAAUAGGUCAUUCCUUCCCCGUCACAUCGAAUGGAUGGAUACCGCAGUACGAGAUACCUCAAACUGUGAUUAUGCCACCCUGCGUUCCACCGCACCCAGUCUAUACCACUUUCCUGAUUAAAAGAUUUGGUCAUCUGCCUCUUAUGUUUCAAUUUAUUUCACCGCAAUCAAGUCAUUUCACUGUCAAACCGAUGCUCGGCGUGAUUUAUCAUGAUUAUCAGAUAGUCGUAGUUGAAUUAGCUCCGGAGUCAAAGAACGAACAGAUUUAUAUAGAGAGAUGGACAGUGAUCUUUAAUGGGAAUAUAAAGAAUGAGAGUUACAUAGACUUUAAGGGAUACGCGGAGUAUGCAAAUAUCAUGAUGAACAAUAAUAAUACAUUGACCUUCUCACCAGUUCUAGCGCAUUGUCAGCAGUUCGCACAACUCGGAAUGAGAAAUGUUACUCGGCAUAAAAUAAGGUAUCAAUUUUAUCAAUUGCCGCCUGAAUUGGGCGUGGAGGAAUUGAAAGGUGAGAUCAUCGCAAACGAUACUCUACUCCAAGAAUGUUACUUUUCUCCAACUGAGCCAAACGUGAAUUACGAUUUCGAGGUCCAGUGCAUUGUAGUUGUAAUAAAGAACGAGCUAACCGUUGGAUCGAAGAUUUGCAUAAAUUUAGUUGUUCGUGGGAGAAGCGAGUGGGGGUCAUUAGAAGCAAUUCCAAGAGAAAUACAUCUUGGAGAGAUAGAAUACAAUGAUACCAAGUCGUUGUCCUUCAGUCUCAUUAAUCCUAGCCCAGUGAAUAUUUAUUAUAAAUUAAUUUGUACUCAUCGUAAUUUACCGCUUGAAAACAUCGACGAAGACGUAAAGUUGCAUCCAGCGUCGGAGACGAUUUUCGCGGGAUCGCGUAAAAAGAUUUCAGUGGCCGUUACUCCGCGCACACCGGUUUAUUACCAGUUCGCAGUUAAAUAUCUGAUAAGAGUCAAUUUCCGAUUGGACGACCUGGUGCCGGAACAAACUCCAGUGAAACUUUGCAAUGUCUACUGCAUGUGCAUAUUGCCCACGAUAAAAGUGGCGAACGUAUGUGCUUUUGGGCAUAAUCAGAAGUAUUCAAUGAACGUGAGCAAGCCAUUCCUGUGGCGAGUAAUGAGAAUAAAUAGAUUAAAUAAGACUUUAGAAAAUAUGCUGCCAGGAGAGAAAACGGUUUUGGAUAUGGACCUUUUUCCGAUGAUCGUGAACAAUGGAACCGUUUUAAUAAAAUGGAUGAUAAUGAAUCCUUCGAGGAUGCCUGUUCCAUUGACUCUUAAAAGAAUUAAGCAAUGCUCGUGCGAACCUGUCGUGAAGAAGAUCGGAUUGUCUCUUCAACGUACAGAGAUUGAUUGCGUACACAAAGAUCUUUGUACGUUGUACGUAAAAUCGAACAAGUUGGACCCGAAACAAGAGACAGUUCUUGCUAUGGACAUACGCUACGCGUUGGAAGGGACGACUGUUAUAAGUUGGGACUUGGACAUCGGACAUGAUCGUCAUAUCAUCUUCAAUUUGCACAUUAUGUCCUUGGAACAGAAUAAACCGCAAAGCAAUUUCUUAACUUUUCGAUCGGUCCAAUUUGGACAAACCUAUUUCGGAGACUUGGCCGGGAUGUAUAAGAUAAAUUGGAUGUGCAACAUCACAAAUAGUGAUUUGCCAUGUUCCGUGGAUAUAAGUAAUAUUCAUAAGAUUAACGAGUACUAUCGCUGUGAAGUAUUUUCAUGUUUCACACAAGGCAAUGUCAUCAAAUCCGGAGGACUCAUGCCUAUUCUUUUAAAGUUUCAACCCAGAAUGUUUGGGGCAUAUGAAGUAAAGGUCCUAAUAACUAUGGGUGAUAAAACGGAAGAAUUGACAAUAAGCGGAGAAGCGUCUUUUGAUUCGAGGUCUGCUAGCAUCGGGAGGCCAAUACCGUCGGAUUGCGCCUGCAAAACUCCACUGUUUCCAGCGUACUUUAGCAUCGAUUGCAUAGAUAUGUGGUGUAUACCUACGCAUGCUACUAUUGUUAAAAUGCUUUUGAUAUACAAUAACUUGGACUACGAUGCCCUGGCGUACGACUGGAAAUGUCAAGAGGUACUCGACAUCGUGCGCGUCGACAUAUUUCCUCGCAAGGGUAUAAUGACUCCGAAAGCGGUACAGACUUUCCAGGUGAAAAUUUACACUAAAGGAUGUCCGUGCCGGAUCGAUGUCAAUAUACCUUGCAUAUUUUUUAACGCGAGUAAAAGACGGGAGUACCAGCGGAGUAUUAUCAAAUACAAUAUUUUAAGCGAGGAGUUAGAGGGACAAUUUGUUAUCACGGAGAAAGGAACUUUCGUCCCGAAACCGUGGUUGGAAAUACUCGACGAACCGAAAAAAUAUUAUAAAACAUUGAGUAUACGUUGCAGUAUAUAUAGCGCAGAGGAUGAAUCUCGGAGAAUCAAUUUAUUGAAAGAGUUAAAAGCUGCGCCGUUAGAUGUAAUUCUUUUAGAUGAGAGAAAAGAACGUGAUACCGUAAAGAAAAAUGAACUGUUUCUCGUAACGUUUAUUUUGGAAGGCAUGUUAUGGGAUAUUGUCAACAGUACGAGAUUUCGAAAGAUAGUCACAGAAACUUUAAUGCAAGAGAGGAAUUUAUAUUAUUCCCAAUUCAUGAUGGAUCUUGCUGAACGGAAAAGAUUAGUACGAAGAUCGUAUAUAUCACCACCACUGAUGCUCAUCCAUUCGAUAUUGCAAGAAAUGUUGUUUAUCAUGGUACAUGAAGAAUUCACUUUAAAAACCGCGCAUUUAAUUCCUGAUGAUGAUGUGCGACAUCGCAACUACCUUAAAAUGUUGCCUAUGCAAAAGAGGAUUUAUCUCGAAGAGGAUUACAGACGCGAACAUAAUAAACCUGAUGCUAACCCCGAAGACGAAGCUAACAAUCACUUACGAUCAGGGUUUCGAGUAUCUUUCAUGGAGGAUUAAAAAAAAAUACUUUUAUUUAUAUACAAAA